AUGAAGGCCCAAGCAAGCAGCCCGCGCUUUCAUCUGCUCGCCCCUCGUGCUCACAAGCAGACCCGCUGGUCUCUCGCCUUCUCUCUCAUCGGCAAGGGGGGCCGCCCGUUGCAGCGACCCGAACUCCCCUCUCUCCACCCCAGCCAAGGAGAAAACCCAGGCGGGUCUCAUCCGGAUACACACCCCUGCGAAGAUCAUUUGGUUCAGACGAGGAAAUCUGACGCCAUGAUCGACUACCGAACAGACCUGACGCGCAAGGAUGCCUUGCUAGACAGGUUGCACCGCAUACCUACGCUCAAGACUCGGCCGGGGUUGUUGCUGCGAGGUCGUUGCGGCGGGCUGUCCUUUGACCCCUCGCCUCGCGCCCUCGCAUGCGUGUUUGUGUGCACGAAAUGGGUCCCCAACUUCUUCUUCUCCUGCGCAUGGGUUGAGAUGUGACGGUGGGCCGCCAUAACCAAAGCCAACACCGUCCUCCUCUUCGCCUCCAAACAGGACCGUCCCAAGAUAUCGUGCGACAACUCAACCGCCUUCCAGGACAUCUCGCAGCUUCUCUCAUCCUUCCGGCUCGGUCGCAUUCCGACGCAUCGAGGUAGCGAGCAGAGCCAACUGCAGGUCUCCAACCAAGUUCGCCGUCUAUCACCCGCCCUUUGGGACGGCUUGAGCAACGGCGCUGGAUCCCGCCAUAGGUGUUUCGCGUGUUUCAAUCCCGAGGCGGGACUGUCAGUGCGACUCUCAAACGUCGACCCAGUCGACAGCCGGGCCACACAUACUUUCGGAGCCUAUCGUCUGAGCAUUACACGCCCUGAACCCAACCCCGCAUGGUACCGGGUCGCAUUACUAGUCUGCGCGCGCUGGGAGGAACAGGCUGGAUUUUGUCUCCUUAUCGAGGUCAGGGCAUCGACGACCGCAGCAGCAGAAGAAGCAACAACAUCAGAGGCCACACACACCGGCGACGACGACGCUUCUUCUAGAAGCACACCUCGCGCGCUUGUCUGUCGGGUGCUCGACGACGACGAAGUCUACGACUGGACCUGGCGGGGAACCGACGGGCGCCGCUGGAAGGACUCGAUCUGA